AUGGCCAUGAAGAUCCCCCACACUUACCCUCCUAUCUCCCACACCCACUGCCGCUACCGGGGGCACAGGCUGUGGUGGGCCUUCCUCCUCUCCUCCCUGUCUGUCUUCCUGGGGGGCCUGCUGGCCCUGCUGCUCUGGAAGGUUGCUCACAGCGGGUUCAAUAGUAUUGGGAUUUUCAGACCCCGACGACAGCGCUGGGCACACAGACAGGUGAGGGGAAAAGGUAGAAAGAUAAGAUGGAGAGGAAGUGAGUAGGGGAUGACAAAGGGAGAGUUAUGUACCCUACCAAACCUAUAAGGUUAUGUAAGCCUACACCUACAGUGUAAUCACAGGUCAAUCUGGUGUGCACUGUGCAGGCCUAUGAACAGGUAGAGUAAUAAUUGUUGAGUUCAAAUUUGACCAUGUCUUGCUAUUGUGAUGUUGCAGAGCAUUAGUGUGGAGCCAGAGUUCAAUCUGAAGAAUGCCUUGAAGGAAUGGGCUUUCUCUGUGAUAUCUGCUCAACAUCUGCCUGGCAAAGUCCUGGUAAGUCACAAGACAUGCAGGAAGAGUACUCUUAUGUUUUUCUUCUUCCGUCCUACUAUUGUAUUUCUCACCCUUUCCUGCCUCAACAGAUGGUGCUGAUAUUCUGUUUCAACAUCGGCUCCAUCCUGACCUAUAUCAUCCUCUCUACUGAGUGAGUUGCAUCAUGAUAUCAUGAUUAUGGGAUCAAAACAAAGUGUUGUUUGUUCACUAGAAAAGGUCCAAGACAAACAACCAGAGGGAAACUAAAAUGUAUUCUCCCUCUCCUCUCUCAGCCCAGUAGAGUCCUGCAUGAAAGAAUACAGCAUAGCUUUCCUCGUUGAUUUGAGCUUCAACAUCUGCCACCUUAUGUAUUUUGGACUCAGGGUGAGGCAGUUAGCCAAUAGGACAUAUACAAAAUAACGUCACACAUUUUGGGUUUAGACAAAGCAGUGUUUAUUACUCAGUCUUUCCUGUGUGUUAUUGUUCACCAGUUUUUGGCGGCCCAGGAUAAGCUGACGGUUUGGGUUGACUUGAGAUCCCUGGUGGAUUUUUUCACCAUCACUCCUUCCUUUGUUACCCUGUUUUCCCGUCGAGCCUGGCUGGGUAAGACACUCAUACAUGGGUCGUUCCACAAAGAGUGCCUUUUGCGCCCCUUGGAUAUUUUAACUAUAAAUUGUGCACCAAUAUUUCAUUUUAAAUGCCUGUUACUGUAUAUAAAAUGAAGUGCCAUUUCAUAUAGACCAAAUGGGGAAUUCAAUUAAUCCAAUUUUUUUGUAUGAAUAAAGACCAUAGGAGGCUGGUGGGAGGAGCUAUAGGAGGACGGGCUCAUUGUAAUGGCUGGAAAUAAAUAAAUGGAACUGAGUCAAACAUAUGGUUUCUAUAUGUUUGUUGUGUUUGAUACCUUUCCAUUAUUCCAUUCCAGCCAUUACUAUUAGCCUGUCCUCCUAUAGCUCCUCCCACCAGCCUCCUCUGACAGACUUGUUAAAGUGCCAAAAUUCAGCAUUUUCACCUGUCCAUCUGUGCACCCUCUGUCACAUCAAGAAGAUUUUAACCCCAACAUUUCUCCCAAGUUUUCACCAUCAUUGUAAAGCCCUAGUUAUUUUGUUGCUUUGACAAAGUCAUUUCUGAAGUUCAUUAUUUAUUUAAUGUCAUUAGUGAUAUAUUUACGUCUGUCCCUCAUUUUAAGGUCAAUCCUGUUACGUGAACUGAACUCUCGUUUUAAUUUCUCGUUUUUUUUCAAAAGAAACAUUGAACAUGUCAGAACAGAAUAGUCAGACCAUAGUGUAGAAGCAGGUGAGCUGGUUCUACUAUUUUUGGCAAUUUUCUGGUAUUUUGUGGUGGAAAAGUGGGUCGAGCAUAAAACCUCAACCCCGUUACCCAUAGAUAGAUAGGCUAGAUUCAUUUUUUUUUUUUUUACAAUUUCACGUUUUUUGUGAAGCUUGCAUUCAAUUUCCACUCGCUGUUGCACACAACAAGCUUCCAUCCCCCCUGUCACAACGGGAUUUAUGGCUGAUUUAAGAUGAAAUCGUCAACCUGUUACAGUUAACCCUGUUACUUUAUUUGGCACUUACUAUAGUAUUUUUUUUAAUUUAACCUCUCGAGAUGGGAAAACUUGUUGAAUAUGUGCAUUAUGACAGAAUGUUAAAAUUAGGUGAACUCAAAGUUUUUUUGUUGUUGGGUGGAAAGACCCACAUACAGUUGGCCUACACACUUAUAUGCCAUUGACGUUAUGGGAAUUUUAAAGCAACAUGGGAUGGGAUGUUCAAAAUCUCUCCCUAUAUAUAUAUAUAUAUAUAUAUAUAUGCUUAAAAAAAGUAUUAUUUACAUUUUAGUCAUUUACAGUGGGGGGAAAAAGUAUUUAGUCAGCCACCAAUUGUGCAUGUUCUCCCACUUAAAAAGAUGAGAGAGGCCUGUAAUUUUCAUCAUAGGUACACGUCAACUAUGACAGACAAAUUGAGAAAUAAAUUCCAGAAAAUCACAUUGUAGGAUUUUUAAUGAAUUUAUUUGCAAAUUAUGGUGGAAAAUAAGUAUUUGGUCACCUACAAACAAGCAAGAUUUCUGUCUCUCACAGACCUGUAACUUCUUCUUUAAGGGGCUCCUCUGUCCUCCACUCGUUACCUGUAUUAAUGGCACCUGAUUGAACUUGUUAUCAGUAUAAAAGACACCUGUCCACAACCUCAAACAGUCACACUCCAAACUCCACUAUGGCCAAGACCAAAGAGCUGUCAAAGGACACCAGAAACAAAAUUGUAGACCUGCACCAGGCUGGGAAGACUGAAUCUGCAAUAGGUAAGCAGCUUGGUUUGAAGAAAUCAACUGUGGGAGCAAUUAUUAGGAAAUGGAAGACAUACAAGACCACUGAUAAUCUCCCUCGAUCUGGGGCUCCACGCAAGAUCUCACCCCGUGGGGUCAAAAUGAUCACAAGAACGGUGAGCAAAAAUCCCAGAACCACACGGGGGGACCUAGUGAAUGACCUGCAGAGAGCUGGGACCAAAGUAACAAAGCCUACCAUCAGUAACACACUACGCCGCCAGGGACUCAAAUCCUGCAGUGCAAGACAUGUCCCCCUGCUUAAGCCAGUACAUGUCCAGGCCCGUCUGAAGUUUGCUAGAGUGCAUUUGGAUGAUCCAGAAGAGGAUUGGGAGAAUGUGAUAUGGUCAGAUGAAACCAAAAUAUAACUUUUUGGUAAAAACUCAACUCGUCGUGUUUGGAGGACAAAGAAUGCUGAGUUGCAUCCAAAGAACACCAUACCUACUGUGAAGCAUGGGGGUGGAAACAUCAUGCUUUGGGGCUGUUUUUCUGCAAAGGGACCAGGAUGACUGAUCCGUGUAAAGGAAAGAAUGAAUGGGGCCAUGUAUCGUGAGAUUUUGAGUGAAAACCUCCUUCCAUCAGCAAGGGCAUUGAAGAUGAAACGUGGCUGGGUCUUUCAGCAUGACAAUGAUCCCAAACACACCGCCCGUGCAACGAAGGAGUGGCUUCGUAAGAAGCAUUUCAAGGUCCUGGAGUGGCCUAGCCAGUCUCCAGAUCUCAACCCCAUAGAAAAUCUUUGGAGGGAGUUGAAAGUCUGUGAUGCCCAGCGACAGCCCCAAAACAUCACUGCUCUAGAGGAGAUCUGCAUGGAGGAAUGGGCCAAAAUACCAGCAACAGUGUGUGAAAACCUUGUGAAGACUUACAGAAAACGUUUGACCUGUGUAAUUGCCAACAAAGGGUAUAUAACAAAGUAUUGAGAAACUUUUGUUAUUGACCAAAUACUUAUUUUCCACCAUAAUUUGCAAAUAAAUUCAUUAAAAAAUCCUACAAUGUGAUUUUCUGGAUUUUUUUUCCUCAUUUUGUCUGUCAUAGUUGACGUGUACCUAUGAUGAAAAUUACAGGCCUCUCAUCUUUUUAAGUGGGAGAACUUGCACAAUUGGUGGCUGACUAAAUACUUUUUUUCCCCACUGUAGCAGACGCUCUUAUCCAGAGCGACUUACAGUUAGUUAGUGCAUACAUUAUAUUUUUUUCAUACCCCCUGUGGGAAUCGAACCCACAACCCUGGCGUUGCAAACGCCAUGCUCUAUCAACUGAGCUACAUCCCUGCCGGCCAUUCCCUCCCCUACCCUGGACGACGCUGGGCCAAUUGCGCGCCGCCCCAUGGGUCUAUUAUCAUUAUUAUUAUUGUAUUUUUUCUUCUUCAAUAUAAGCUUAGUGUUGCAAAAUUUUAGUAACUUUCCCAAAAUUCCCAGGUUUUCCAGAAACCCCAAUUAGAAGAUUUAGUGGAAUUUACUUGAAUUUUGCAACCCUAUAAACAAAUGCCUUUUUCUGUAUGUCUGGCCCAGGUCUGAGAUUCAUCAGAGCUAUGCACAUACUGGAGUUACCAGUCGUUCUGCAGAUUCUCAACGUCCUCAACAGCAACAGGUAACACAGCAACACAUACAUCAAGUUUCAAGUUUUAAUGUCACAUGCACAAGUACAGUGAAAUGCCUUUCUUGCCAGCUCUAACCCCAACAGUGCAGUAAUCAAUAACAUUUUACAUUUACAUUUUAGUCAUUUAGCAGACGCUCUUAUCCAGAGCGACUUACAGUUAGUGAGUGCAUACAUUUUUUAAAUUUUUGUAAAAAAUAAAAAUAAUACUGGCCCCCCGUGGGAAUAACAAAGUAAUACUAAAAAUAACAAGAUACAACAAAAACACACGAUAUAAAAAUAAGAAAUAAGAAGAACACGAUAAAGUAAGUAAGAAUACUAAAUACAGGGUCCGUUCCAGUACCAUAUUUACAAUGUGCAAUUUCCAUCAAAUAGAGGCCGGAACAGCGAUGAAAAUGAAUGAUUCAAUCGACUUUCACAUUUUCAGCAUGUAUGAGAUACAAGCAAUGUUACUUGUUUUAAAUACAUGUCUGCCUGUUAAUACAGUUGAACUUACUAUUUUUUUUUUCUCUCUCUCUCUCUCUCUCUCUCUCUCUGUCUCUGUUAUUCUCUCUCUCUCUCUCUCUCUGUUAUUCUCUCUCUCUCUCUCUCUCUGUUAUUCUCUCUCUCUCUCUCUCUCUCUCUGUGUUAUUCUCUCUCUCCCACUCACAUUUCCUCUCACUCUGUGUUCCCAGCACCACUCUGAAACUCUCCCGCCUGGUUGCUAUCCUAACAGGCACACUGCUGACCUCUGCUGGUUUCAUCCACCUGGUGUGUGUCAUUUCCAAUAAUGUUUUGGUUCUUUCCACACUCUUUACAUUCACUGAGAAAUAAGCAAACAAUUUUGAUUGACUAAUGAUGCAAAUGUGUGUUUUAUGAGUAAUUCAGCUAAUAAUACAAUUAUUAAUUCUGCUAACAUUAAAGCUGAAAUCCGUAGUGGUGAAACUACCACAUCUGUUUGCGAUAUUACAACAACCAAGAUAUUACUUCAAACAACAAACUUUUUUUUUACCACAAUGCUAGAUGCUCAUCUCCUCCGUUUCAUAAACAAAACAAUAACAAAUGUGCCAAGGGCGACCAGUGGCACUGUUUCACCUUAUGCAAAUCUCAACUUUAACCGCUCUCUCUCAUGGGACCUGGUCUUGCUGCAGCUGGAGAACUCAGGUGACCCCUGGCUGGACUUCUCCAACCCCCAACCUCUCUACUACUUUGACUGUGUUUACUUCCUGGUUGUUACCAUGUCAACGGUGGGCUAUGGGGAUGUGGAGAUAAGGACGACCCUGGGACGCCUCUUUGUCAUCAUCUUCAUCUUUAUCGGACUGGUAAAUCUCAUAAGAGAGUAUUGACUCCCCCCAUACAAUGUAAAGAGCCUUUAAGCAUAGGAAAGUGUUAUGGAAAUCCAAUCCAUGAAAGCUACUGUCUGCUUCCCAAAUGGCACCCUAUCCCCCCUAUAUCAGGGAUGCGGCCUGUGGCCCCCCUUUUGUAGGCCUGCAGAUCCAUUUCCAAAAAGGAAAAAAUAAAACAUCAAUUAGCCCAUGUCAGCUAGCAUUUUUGGGAUUUUGCUUAGGGUACCCAAAAGGCUAGGACCGGCUCUGACUGCAUAUCUGGGUAUGGAUGUGGGUACGCAGACCCGCAAACUACAGAUGUUUUUCAAAGUUGCCCAUCCCUGCCCUAUAUAGUGCACUACUUUUGAACAGGUCCCAUAGGGUUCUGGUCAAAUGUAGUGCACUUCAUAGGGAAUAUGGUGGCAAUUGGGAUGCUGUCACUGUCAGUGAUCCAUUGAGGAUGUGAUUUAGAUACACAUCAUCUCUCUGUCUCUGUCUCUCUCUCUCUCUCUCUCUCUCGCUCUUUCUGUCGCUCUCUCGCUCUCUCUCACUCUCUCAGGGUCUGUUUGCCAACUUUGUCCCAGAGGUGGUUCAGAUCAUCAUCAACAGGAAGAGGUUUGAUGGAAGCUUCACGGCUGUCUCAGGCAAGACGUGAGUCUUCUUACUACAGUUUAUCAGAGAUGAUCAAAAUAAAACAGUUGGUGUAGUAGCAGGUACAAGGUACAUUUGUAUGUCACACAACAUGAUUAAUAUACACUGGACCUAGACUAAAAAUACUACAUCCUCAGUAUAUCUGAUAUAAAACUUCUUAGAAUGAUAGUCUUUCUCUCGUUCUAUCUCCACCCAUCCAUGUUGAUGUUCCUCCCUGUGUGUGUGUGUGUGUGUGCUAGCCAUGUGGUGGUGUGUGGUCAUAUCACUCUGAGCAGUGCCUCUGCCUUUAUGAAAGAUUUUCUACAUGAGGACAGGGGAGAGGUCAACGUCAAGGUGCUCUUCCUGGGAAAGUGAGUCACAGCGUUACCUUUGAGCCCAACCUGGGCCCUGUUCAAAUGUUGUGCACUACAUAGAGAUUAGGGUCCCAUUUCAGACACUGCUAUCUCUGCCUUUGCCAGCUUCCGUCCUGACCAGGAGCUGGAGGCGUUCUUCCUGAGGUGGUUCCUGAAGGUCACCUUCUAUCAGGGCUCAGUGAUGCAGAAGAGAGACCUGGAGAGAGUUAGGGUACUGUAGCCAACUACACACUCAGUUUGGAUAACUGAUGUACAACACAUUUGACACAACUGUUUUGAUACGAAGAGUUAGUCUGCACAAAAAUAUUUACACACAACAGUUGUGGGGACACCACACAAUGGUUUUGUAAUCAUUUUUGUGCAGACAAACUCUUCGAUCUGACUGUGUGUUUUACUGGAUAUACUACCAUCUAGCAGUCGGAUGCUAACAUUAGCACUUGCACUCCAAGCCAACUGUACACAGUUGUGAAAUCUAGAGCAAGAAGCUAAGCUUGUUCCUCCUGGAGCGACUGUUGGCUCUUAGAUCUCAGGAAGGUAACACAUCACCACAGUGGCUAGCAGUUACUGGCUAGCCUCUGCUUAUCACGUACAACAAGGGCACCAAUACAGAGAGGGAGACAAGUACACUGGGAAGGGUACAGGAGGGAUACUGGGAUGCAGAGUAAUGAUUGUUUAGUUACUAUGGUACAUGGUAGUACUAGCUUGAUGCUAUCCUCUGUGUGUAGAUGCAGAAAGCAGGAGCUUGCCUGAUCAUCUGUGACAGGUUCACCUCAGACCAGAAUAAGGAGGACGCUGCCAAUCUCAUGAGGUAGGUAGGGCUCAGGUGCAUGCCCACAUAGAUAGACAGGCGCACACACACACACACACACACACACACACACACACACACACACACAUUCACCUGCUCUCUACCUUGUUAUCCUUUCUGAGACACAGCUAAAAAUAAAUAAAGGAUGCAGAUUUUAUCAUAAGAUAAAACAACAUGUUUUAAGAGUGUGUUUGUCCUCUGUCAGGGUGAUCUCCAUCAAACAGUAUUGUCCCAACACCAGGAUUAUAGUUCAGAUGCUGAAGCACAAUAGUAAGGUAGGCUGCCAUAUCUCAGACUGGCCAAUAAAAAUAAAAGAUUAAGAUGGGCAAAAGAACACAGACACUGGACUUUUUCUUUGCAAUUCUGCCUAGAAGGUCAGCAUCCCGGAGUCGCCUCUUCACUGUUGACGUUGAGACUGGUGUUUUGCGAGUACUAUUUAAUGAAGCUGCCAGUUGAGGACCUGUGAGGCGUCUGUUUCUCAAACUAGACACUCUAAUAAUGUAUUUGUCCUCUUGCUCAGUUGUGCACCGGGACCUCCCACUCCUCUUUCUAUUCUGGUUAGAGACAGUUUGCGCUGUUCUGUGAAGGGAGUAGUACACAGCGUUGUACGAGAUCUUCAGUUUCUUGGCAAUUUCUCGCAUGGAAUAGCCUUCAUUUCUCAGAACAAGAAUAGACUGACGAGUUUCAGAAUAAAGUUAUUUGUUUCUGGCCAUUUUGAUUCUGUAAUCGAACCCACAAUUGCUGAUGCUCCAGAUACUCAACUAGUCUCAAGAAGGCCAGUUUUAUUGCUUCUUUAAUCAACACAACAGUUUUCAGCUGUGCUAACAUAAUUGCAAAAGGGUGUUCUAAUGAUCAAUUAGCCUUUUAAAAUGAUAAACUUGGAUUAGCAAACACAACGUGCCAUUGGAACACAGGACUGAAGGUUGCUGAUAAUGGGCCUCUGUACGCCUAUGUAGAUAUUCCAUAAAAAAUCAGCCGUUUCCAGCUACAAUAGCCAUUUUCAACAUUAACAAUGUCUACACUGUAUUUCUGAUCAAUUUGAUGUUAUUUUAAUGGACAAAAAAUGUGCUUUUCUUUCGAAAACAAGGACAUUUCUAAGUGACCCCAAACUUUUGAACGGUAGUGUACGUCUUACAAACAAGUCUGGCUACUGUUGCUGGAUGAUGUGUUGUGUGUGUGUGCACGUGUGUGUGUGUGUGUGUGUGUGUGUGUGCCCCCCAGGCGUUCCUGCAGAACGUGCCUAACUGGGACUGGAGUCGAGGUGAUGCAGUGAUCUGCCUGGCAGAGCUCAAACUGGGUUUCAUGUCUCAGAGCUGCCUGGUGCCUGGCCUCUCCACACUAUUGGCCAACCUGUUCACCAUGCAGAGCGAGAUCGAGGUGUGUCAACAAUAAAGUGCACUAUUCUGAUCCCUUAAGGAUUUGAAUGUAUUUUUGAAAGCAGGGUGGGAGAGCAGAGAGAGAGAGGGGCACAGACAGGCAUGGCCGAGACUGAAUCUCUGUUGCCAUUUUGUUUUACAGCAGGAUGGAGACACCUGGCAGAACCUGUACAGAGAGGGCCUCUACAAUGAGAUCUACACAGAGCACCUGUCCCCCUCCUUCAUAGGGAUGUCCUUCGCUCAGGCCAGCAAGUCAGUUUGUCUGCACACAACAGAGAGACAAAUAAGCAUUCUACUACUACACAAACAAACAUGAUCUCUCUCUGCCUGUGUGUCUGUGCCUGUGUCUGUCUGUGUGUGUGUGCGUGUGUGUGUGUGUGUGUGUGUCAGGCUAUGUUUCCUGAAGCUGAGGUUGCUGUUGAUUGGGAUUGAGUAUCAGAGCGGAGACCAAGAUUUCAAGUAAGCAACUAGUAGUAGUAGCAGGGUUGGGGAGUAACGGAUUACACAUUUUUUUUGUAAUCCCUUACAUGUAACGGAUUACCAAAAAAACGGUAACUGUAAUCCAUUACGUUACCAGCAAAAAUAUUGUAAUCAGAUUACAGAUACUUUUGAAAAACUAGAUGAUUACUUUCGGCGAUUACUUUUAAAUUCAGAAAGGAUAUUUGCGGAAAAAAAUCUUUGACACUUCUGUUUUCUCAAUGACAUUCAAAUCAGCAUUGAAAAAAGGUGCAAGUUUAAGUUUGUUCCACCUGAGCGAGCCUGACCACAAGUCAGAGACCACUAUGAUGACAAACCAAAUGUGUUUGAUGGAUCGUGGGAAAAGAGCAGGAAUAGGAUUUUGUAUGCUACAGUCCAAGCUAUGUCUUCCAAUGGUGCGACUGCUGUCGGCAUCCAAAGAUUAUCCAAUUUGAAUAAACGCUUGGAGGUAAGGAUGACAGCAGUGGUGUAGUCUAGGGCGAUACGGAUACACUACCAGUCAAAAGUUUGGACACACCUACUCAUUCAAGAGUUUUUCUUAAUUUUUUACAUUGUAGAAUAAUAGUGAAGACAUCAAAACUAUGAAAUAACACAUAAAAUCAUGUAGUAACCAAAAAAGUGUUAAACAAAUACAAAUAAAUAUAUUUUAUAUUUGAGAUUCUUAAAAUCGCCACCCUUUGCCUUGAUGACAGCUUUGCACACUCUUGGCAUUCUCUCAACCAGCUUCAUGAGGUAGUCACCUGAAAUGCAUUUAAAUUAACAGGUGUGCCUUCUUAAAAGUUAAUUUGUGGAAUUUCUUUCCUUCUUAAUGCGUUUGAGACAAUCAGUUGUGUUGUGACAAGGUAGGGGGGGGGGUGUAUACAGAAGAUAGCCCUAUUUGGUAAAAGACCAAGUCCAUAUUAUGGCAAGAACUGCUCAAAUAAGCAAAGAGAAACGACAGUCCAUCAUUACUUUAAGACAUGAAGGUCAGUCAAUACUGAACAUUUCAAGAACUUUGAAAGUUUCUACAAGUGCAGUCACAAAAACCAUCAAUCACUAUGAUGAAACUGGCUCUCAUGAGGACCGCCACAGGAAUGGAAGACCCAGAGUUACCUCUGCUGCAGAGGAUAAGUUCAUUAGAGUUACUGGCCUCAGAAAUUGCAGUCCAAAUAAAUCAACAUCAACUGUUCAGAGGGUACUGUGUGAAUCAGGCCUUCAUGGUCGAAUUGCUGCAAAGAAACCACUACUACAGGACACCAAUAAUAAGAAGAGACCUGUUGGGCCAAGAAACAUGAGCAAUGGACAUUAGACCGGUGGAAAUAUGUCCUUUGGUCUGGAGUCCAAAUUUGAGAUUUUUGGUUCCAACCGCCUUGUCUUUGUGAGACGCGGUGUGGGUGAACGGAUGAUCUCCGCAUGUGUAGUUCCCACCGUAAAGCAUGGAGGAGGAGGUGUUAUGGUGUUGGGAUGCUUUGCUGGUGACACUGUCUGUGAUUUAUUUAGAAUUCAAGGCACACUUAACCAGCAUGGCUUCCACAGCAUUCUGCAGCGAUACGUCAUCCCAUCUGGUUUGGGCUUAGUGGGACUAUCAUUUGUUUUUCAACAGGACAAUGACCCAACACACCUCCAGGCUGUGUAAGGGCUAUUUUAGCAAGAAGGAGAGGAUGGAGUGCUGCAUCAGAUGACCUGGCCUCCACAAUCCCCCGACCUCAACAAAAUUGAGAUGGUUUUGGAUGAGUUGGACCGCAGAGUGAAGGAAAAGCAGCCAACAAGUGCUCAGCAUAAAUGGGAACUGUUGGAAACGCAUUCCAGGUGAAGCUGGUUGAGAGAAUGCCAAGAGUGUGCAAAGCUUUCAUCAAGGCAAAGGGUGGCUAUUUGAAGAAUCUCAAAUAUAAAAUAUAUUUUGAUUUGUUUAACACUUUUUUGGUUACUACAUGAUUCCAUAUGUGUUAUUUCAUAGUUUUGAUGUCUUCACUAUUAUUCUACAAUGUAGAAAAUAGUAAUAGGUUCUGUAUCUACAUAGCGCAUUGAUGUGAAUCACACUGCUGCUCUCUCAUUUAGCUAUUUGCGCCUCACGGAUUGUGGUUGUUGUGGAUGGCUGUUCAUCAAUCUAAAUGUGUAUUUGAACCCAAUAAUGGUUGAAUUCAAGAAGUUUAAGCUGCUUAUCAAUCAUUGUUUUUGAAACCAGUGGACAGCCAGUGAAAAAUGCGCUCUUGCAAAAGAUUGAGCAAUAAAAGCAUCACUUUUAUUCCAUAGGCUGUAUGUAGCUAAUUCAUGCUGAUAAAAAAUUAUAAUUCAUAGACCUAAUGAACACAUGCUCAAACUUGCACACUUUUGAUACACUUAAAGGAGCAAUCUGUAGUUGCUACAUCAAUUUUUGGACUUAAUAAUAUAACUUAUAAAUGCCUCAUGAGCUUAGUUCAGCUGUCACACUCCAUGAGAACCCAAAAUAUAAGCUUGUUUUUCUCCAAUGUUUGUAAACAUUGUACAUGUGAACAAACACUGUAUAGCCUCAUAACAUGGUUAAAACAAUACUUUUUAUAUUAUGGAUGGUCAGUCCUUGCAUCCAUAGCUCUGUUUAUUUUUUUUUAUUUUUUAUUUUUUAUGUAACCUUUAUUUAACUAGGCAAGUCAGUUAAGAACAAAUUCUUAUUAACAAUUAUUACACAAUGGUUACAUUUCUCCAGCCCCAUCCCUCAGCAUUUUACCAAAACAGAGGCGGGGCAACCAUUUUGUUAUUGUUUCAUCUGUGGAUUUGCCCUUUUAACAGCUGCAUAUUAUCAAGAUAUCAAAGUGUCACCAACAAAAAGGUAAACAAUAGGCUGAUUGUAAAUGCAGCAUAUGGAAUUCAUUUUAACUUUAACAGUGAUUUAUCCUGCAAUAGAUGUCGUUCAAUUGGUAACAUACAUUUGUGUCUUCUUCUGAUGCCUCUUAAGGGGAAAGAAAUCUAAAAGUAACUGAAUGUAAUCAGAUUACGUUACUGAGUUUGGGUAAUCCAAAAGUUACAUUACUGAUUAUUUUGGACAGGUAACUACUAACUGUAAUGGAUUACAUUUAGAAAGUAACCUACCCAACCCUGAGUAGUAGUAGUAGUAGUAGUAGUAGUAGUAGUAGUAGCAUUAGCAGUAGUAGUAGUAUUUGUAUUUAUUAAGGAUCCCCAUUAGCUACUGCCAAGCAGGCAGCUACUCCUCCUGUAGUAGUAGUAGUAGUAGUGGUAGUAGUAGUAGUGGUAGUGGUAGUGGUGGUAGUAGUAGUAGCAGCAAUAGUAGUAGUAGUAGUAGUAGUAGUAGACAGUCAUUUCUAUAAUGCUUACAGGUAUUUGUUUAUUUUACACAUUAACUGUAUUUGUUUAUUUUACACAUUAACUGUAGUUUUGUGGAUGGGCUACUGCCUGCCUGUUAAAGUUGUUUUGUUGUUUGUCAGUGUGUUGGUGAAUCCUCCCAGUCACAUCAAAAUCAAGCUGUGGACUCUGGGUUUCCUCAUAGCCAGCAAUGCCAGUGAUGCCAGAAGGUACUGUACCACUCUAAUAUUUGCUCAUAAACUAGAGCCUUGACUCAAAUGCUUCUGUAUGUAGGGAGUGGGAGUAUAUAUGGUAGUCACUUUUGCGUACCUGUGUGUUUGUCAGGGCGAGUAUGUACUGCUCUGUGUGUCACAGAGACAUCAAGGAUUUGUCCAGGAUGGGACCCUGCAAGUGCACUGAGCAGAAAGAUGGUAUGGCAACAAUACAGUGGCGCAGACAAGCCUAUUACACUCACAGACCUUUUUAGUACUAACCUCAGUUUCACAAGAAGCAAAGCAACUGAGAUAAGACAUGUUGAGAGGUACAGAGAAGGUGCAGUCUCUAACUCCUCCAUUAGGGGGAGUCCUCAUCCCACGUUUCUCCACUGGGCUGAAAAAUCUGGCUUUUCUUUAGUAGAAAGCACCAAGCGCCUCUGUCUGUCCUGUUCGCCUCAUUACACAUUUUCACACAGAGCAGAGACUCAGAAUGGCUGUCUGUCACCCCUCUGUCUCUUAUGAGCCUGUCUGUCACCUAUGGGUGUGUCUGACCUGCAAGACUGUCUCUCACCCGUGUGUUUAUCAUCUGUCUGUGUGUGUGUGUCUCCCAUCAGUCUCAUCUCACACCUCCACUAUGAGUCUAGGCUUCAGACGGCCAUCACUGGGAGUUCUGCCCUUCAGGUGAGAAAUCACAGCCUUCUACAUAGGAAUAUGUUUGUUUUGAACAUGCUGAGACAAAUAUUUAAUUGAACACUCACCAUGAUAUAUCGCACGCACACACACACACACACCUAGUGUGUGUGACUUCAGUGUGUCCUGUCAUUAGUGGAGGCUGCCUAGUGCGGGCGGGCGGGCAGGCUGGCUAGGUCCUGGACAGCUGAGCACAGUGGAAUAGCAGGCUGGGAUUGACAGGCUGAUUAAUGGGCCGGCUCCCCAGCCGCCUCACUCAACCCAUUCUGGGCAUUAAUAUUGGGAGAUCCUGUCAGAGAGGACAGAGAGGGAGGAGGAGAGAGGGAGGAGGAGAGAGGGAGGACAGAGAGGGAGGAGGAGAGAGGGAGAGUUAGUCAGAAGGUGAGGUAGUGAGCAGAUUACAGCUGAAAUAAGUCAUAGUGCCCUGCUCUCCCUCGCUCUCUCUCUUUCUCUCUCUGUGUCUCUUUCCUCUCUCUCUUCCCCCCCUCAUCCCUCUCACUCCUGUCUCGCUCUCUUUCUUUCUCUCUCUCUGUCUAUCCUGUCUCGCCGCCACCCUUUUCUUCUGUGAUCUGUGAUUCCACUACCCUAGUGAAUACCUUUCAUUUUCCCUGUUGUGCUCUUGAUAUCCAGAGUGGUUGGACAGUGCAUGUGUGGAUAUGUAAUAUGUCUGCAUGCCUGAGUGUGUGUGUGCCUCCCCUGUCUUCUCUCCCUCCACCCUUUCUUCUCCACUCUCUGAGGCUUGUGUGUGUGUCCUCUGCUGUAGCCCAGAGGGAGAGACUCUUGGAGAGAGGGAGUGUGUUUGGGAGGAGCAGGAGGAGGAGGUGGGGCUGGACUCUACAGGACUGUUCCACUGGUGCCCACCUGUUCCCUUGAAGGACAUCUCACUGGUAAGACUGGGACAUAUAUGCAAUUAGGCACUAAUGGUGAGCGAUUAACUUACAUUUAGUUUUUUAUUUUCGGUUAUUAAACAACUCAUUGACGGACGUCGGUUCAAUGACUUGAAUUCCAUUUAGUUAAUUUUUUUGUGAGCCCAACGUGCCAUUUCUCGAGAGAGAUAUCAAAUAAUUCACGAGAGAAAUCAAGUCAAGAACUAUGUGUGACUGGGCUGAAGGGAGUUGUAGUUUUCAUUAAGCAAAUAUUCAACAAAGUUCAGUGCAGAAACGUGGUAAUUAACUACAAUGACCAUAAUCCAUUGCACCUGUUAUUUCCGUCUUGGACACUUUUACGCCUGCUGUGUUAGGUUAGAUACACACAGACCGCUUAGACCGUAUGAGAGGAAUGUACACAACACAACAAGAAGAUGGAGAGGGAUGGAAACGGUGCUUGCUGUUUGGGGUUUUAGGCUGGGAUUCUGUAGAAGCACUUUGUGACAUCUGCUGAUGUAAAAAGGGCUUUAGAAAUACAUUUUGAUUGAUUUGAUUGAUUCCUAAAGGAAGGGGUUAUCUAUUUUGAAGAACUAGUAAAAUGAUUUAGUCAGACAGCUCUUCAGCAUCCUGAAACAGGCUAGCCUAGAUAAAUAGGAAGAGGAUGGGGAGCACAGAGAGAACGUUGUCUGGCUGGCUGGCUGCUACUGCCUGAGCAGAGAUGAGAUGAUCACUUUAAAAAGGAUAAAGUCAUCAAAUAAAAUAGUAAUAUACCCAACUAUAAUAUUUAAUUAUUCAUAGUAAUUUCCUAUUUUUCGAUUGAUGUCUACCGAAUGUGGACCUGACAGAGACAAUCAUCUCAUCUCUGCUCAGGCAGUAGCAGCCAGCCAGCCAGACAACGUUGUCUCUGUGUUCCCCAUACUGUACUGUCUUUAGUCAUCCUAUUUAGCUAGGCUAGCCAAUGGAAUAUUUUCAAUGUUUUGGAAAUUGAAUGUUCAGUAUUUUUGGCUUUUGCUAUGGAAUGUAAAUUUUUCAUAACACAUUUAAUGUAAAAAAUGAAAACGUGAUAACUUUUUAAGAAUCGAACCGAAACCGAACCGACCUCAAAAAGCACUAAUCGCUCAGUACUAUUAGGCACACACUCACUGUCUCACACACUGGCUCUAGCUUACUUGUACCUAGCCAGCUAGAAUACAUGCAUGUAAUAGUAACAUAAUAAACAUCAGCAGUCAUGCAUUUGUGUGUGUAUCCUCCUCAGACCAGACAGAGUGCCAGUACCCUGGCGCUGCAGGACCAUGUGGUGGUGUGUGUGUUUGGGGACGGGGGCUCCAGCCUGCUGGGCCUGGGGGACUUCAUGAUGCCUCUGAGGGCCAGCAGCCUGACGGCCCCAGAGCUGAGGACAGUGGUCUUCCUGGGAGACCCACACUACUUCAGCAGGGAGUGGCCCAACAUACAAUACUUCCCUAACAUCUACUUCCUGCCUGUGAGUCUCUGGACAUGUUUGAAUACUCUAUAAUAGAUUUGAAAUCUAUCCAUUAUUCAACAGAAACUUGUAUUUUUGCUGACAUACACGACAGGCAUAGGUCAGGAUCAGAGGAGGCUGGUGGUAUGAGCUAUAGGAGGACAGGCUCAUUGUAAUGGCCGGAAUGGAAUCAAUGGAACAGAGUCAAACAUGGGCUUUCCAUAUGUUUGAUGUGCUUGAUACCGUUCCAUUAAUUCCAUUCCAGUCAUUACAAUGAGCCCGUCCUCCUAUAGCUCCUCCCACCAGCCUCCACUGGUCAGGAUACUCCAUCGCUAGAAUACCUAGUAAAGAGACUAACUAGGUAGAAGGUGGAAGAGGUGCCUAGGACUAUAUAACUGAUCAGUCCUUGCCUGUCUCCCCCUGUCCCCUCACCCACCUCGUCACCCCAUCCCUAUCCCCCAGGGCUCUCCUCUGUGUGGGGCAGACCUACGUGUGUUGAGGGUGGAGCGCUGUGCCAUGGUGGUGGUCCUCAGCUCUCUGUCCAGCUCCAGCGACAUUGAGCCCUCCAUGCAGGAUAAGGAUACCAUCCACUUCUGUGUCAACCUCUACCACAUCCGCUUCAGCCCCGAGCCAGGCCCACGCUGCACACUCAGUCACACUCAGAGUCACGACCAUGGACAGGGGCUAGAGCUUGGUCAUGGGUUUGGUGGUCAUAACCGCGGUCCAAGCCACGGUCAGUGAGAUGGACCAGAGAGGUUCAUAGAGAGUGGGCAGGGCAGGGGGCUGGGAGAAUAUUACUGUUAAUGUUUGUUGGCUGCUUUAAUAUUCGAUUAGUUUGCUUGGCUGGAGGCUGGACUGUCAGUGUGAGAGGAUUGCGUUGGAGGUGAGAGAAUGUGUGUGUGUGUGUGUGUUUAUAUUGUCUGUGAAGAGUGUGUAUGAGUGUCAUGUCCGUGGUAUGAGCGCCGGACAGAUUGUGGUCAGACAGACAGACAGACAGACAGACGGGAGCUGAGGGAAAGUUCUGAAGGCUCAGCAGAAGUGUUCUGGGAAUUGUGUGAGCGAAUGGGGUGUGUGUGUGUAUAUAAAUGGCAGCGUGUGUGUGUGUAUGAACCCCAGUGUUUGUGUGUGUGUGUGUGUGUACGCGACAGCCUGCCACAGAGGCUGACAGAAAAUAAACAUGUUCCAGUAAUUAACCUUGACAGGCUCAAUGUGCCGCCAACAGCAGAAUGUGCUAAUGACACAAUUAAUCCAUAAUUAAGGCAUGCUGUCUCACUGGAGCCAUACAGUGGCAGGACCGACCCAUCUGGGCUGCCUAUCAGUGACGGUCUGUCUGGACUACAAGAGAGGAGAGGGGACACGUGUGUGUUCAUGUUGGGUUAUUUCUUGUAGGGGACAUUGGUGCAUAAUGUCCUAGUAAUACACACUAAUAACUGAAAUGUUCACAUGUUUAGUGACAAAAGAAUCACUGUUAUACCAAUCAUGUUAUGCAAAUGAUUUUGGGAAUCCCAUUCUUUUGAGGGUUUUACCUACGUUAGUUGGUUGCACUUACUGACUAUAAGAGCGUCUGCUAAAAUGACCAAAGUGUAAAGUAAAAAUGGUGUAGAUUUGUAUCACUGAUUCUACUUUUAUGGUUGUUGUGUUCAGUGUGUGCCAUUGUAACAGUGUGUUAUGUGUUGUGCAGAUACACUAGACUUUUCCCACAUCCCUAUGAUACCCGAGAAGGCUGAGGUCACCCCUGCUCACAGCGCCGGCUCCGCUGUCCCUCUGCUGGUAGAGCUGGGUAUUGCGCCUAUUUCACUAGUGCUGUGCUACAUCAACAGGGACAGGAUUUUUAGUCUGGUCACAUGGUCAGGGAACACCAGUAAAUACCAUAUAGUUAUAGGUGGAUGGUGACAAUUUAUUCUAAAAAAGUACAGUACUAUUAUUCACAGCGAUCCCUGUUUAACCAAAAACUUUUAACACCAAGGAGAAACUUUCACUGACCUCUAUACUGACUGUUUGUACUUUAAUUAGACUAUUAACUAGUCCCUCUCUCCCCCAGUGAACAGCUCUAAUGUGUGCUUUGUGAACGAGGCGGACAGCCAAGAGGACUUCUCCAGCCUGACUCUGACCCAGGGCUUCUCUGUAGGUUCCGUCUUCUCUGUCGACCUGCUGGACACUCUCAUGUCAGCCGUGAGUAGACAGAACAGGACACAACGGCCGAGGUACUAAGUUGCACCCUAUUUCCCAUAUAGUGCACUAUUUUUGACCAGCGCUCCAUAGGCAUAGCCAUUUGGAAAGCAUUCAAUCUACAGUAAUAGUAAUUCAUCAAUUGUAAUAGCAAUUGUACUACUUAGUUGCUUAUAAUAAUGCUAUAAUACAAGUCUUGAAAGUAUUAUUACCAUUGGGAAGCAUGAUACCACUUAUGUUUUACUUUAUCCACUUCUCUACUCAAUGCUAUAAGAUCAUGCAUCUGCAGCACCAAAGAUGGUGGACGAUUGAUAGCCUCCCCAAGAUAGCUAGCUAACCAGUCAACUAACCUGAAAAACUGCCUGUAUAUUAUAACAGAGUGGGGGAACUCUAUUUCUAGUUAUUGGCCUCUGGUAGAACACACAGUGUCACUGUGAGCUGUGGGUUAGCUAACCUAACCAAUACCUAACCUAAUCUAACCUUACCUCGGAGUGGUUGCCUGUCUGUUGUCUGUGGUCUGUCUGUGUGGUGUGUAGACGUACUUCAACGCCAAUGUGCCUGGUCUGAUCUGUACGCUGGUGACGGGUGGCGACACCCCUUUACUGGAGGCCCAGCUGGCAGAGGACAACCAGCUGCAGGGAGGGGAGAUGUCCGUGAAGAUGUGGGCGCUGCGCCAACGCUCCAAACUGGCACAGCUGGCACUGCAGGACGAGCCCCUCUGUAGCCUCGCUGUGAGAGUUUCUACUACUAACACACACGUAUAUACACUAUGUAUACAAAAGUAUGUGGACAUCCCUUCAAAUUAGUGGAUUUGGCUAUUUCAGCCUCACCCAUUGCUGACAGGUGUAUACAAUCGAGCACACAGCCAUGCAAUCUCCAUAGACAAACAUUGGCAGUAGAAUGGCCUUACUGAAGAGCUCAGUGACUUUCAACGUGCCACCUUUCCAACAAGUCAGUUCGUAAAAUUUCUGCCCUGCAAGAGCUGCCCCGGUCAACUGUAAGUGCUGUUAUUGUGAAUUGGCAACGUUUAGGAGCAACAACGGCUCAACCACAAAGUGGUAUGCCACACAAGCUCACACGAGAACGGGACCGCUGAGUGCUGAAGCGCAUAGCGUGUAAAAAUCGCCUUUCCUCGGUUCAUGGUUUCGGGCUAGGCCCCUUAGUUCCAGUGAAGGGAAAUCAACACUACAGCAUACAAUUACAUUCUAGACGAUUCUGUGCUUCUAACUUUGUGGCAACAGUUUGGGGAAGGCACUUUCCUGUUUCAGCAUGACAAUGCCCCCAUGUACAAAGCGAGGUCCAUACAGAUAUGGUUUGUUGAGAACGGUGUGGAAGAACUUGACUGGCCUGCACAGAGCCCUGACCUCAACCCCGUCGAACACCUUUGGGAUGAAUUGGAACGCCGACUGCGAGCCAGGCCUAAUCGCCCAACAUCAGUGCCCGACCUCACUAAUGCUCUUGUGGCUGAAUGGAAGCAAGUCCUUGCAGCAAUGUUCCAACAUCUAGUGGAAAGCCUUCCCAGAAGAGUAGAGGCUGUUAUAGCAGCAAAGGGGGGGACCAACUCUAUAUUAAAGCCCAUGAUUUUGGAAUGAGAUGUUCGACGAGCAGGCGUCCACAUACUUUUGGUCAUGUAGUGUACACCUAUAUGGACACACACCUACACUGAGUGUACAAAACGUUAGGAACAGUUGCUCUUUCCAUGACAUAGACUGACCAGGUAAAUCCAGGUGAAAGCUAUGAUCCCUUAUUGAUGUCACCUGUUAACUCACAUCAAUCAGUGUAGAUGAAGGGGAGGAGACAUGUUAAAGAAGUAUUUUUAAGCCUUGGGACAAUUGAGACACAGAUUGUGUAUGUGUGCCAUUCAGAGGGUGAAUGGGCAAGACAAACGAUUUGUGCCUUUGAAAGGGGUAUAGUAGUAGGUGCCAGGUGCACCGGUUUGAGUGUGUCAAGAACUGCAACGCUGCUGGGUUUUUCACACUUAACAGUUUCCAUCCACCACCCAAAGGACAUCCAGCCAACUUGACACAACUGUGGGAAGCAUUGGAAUCGACAUGGGCCAGCAUCCCUGUGGAACGCUUUCGACACCUUGUAGAGUCCAUGCCCCGACGAAUUGAAGCUGUUCUGAGGCCAAAAGGGGGGUUACAACUCAAUAUUAGGGAGAUGUUCCUAAUGUUUUGUACACUCAGUUUAUAUAGACACACACAAACGCAGCAGUUCUAGAAACAGGCCCACAAACACACACGUCCUAGUGAUUUCCUAUCAUCCAUAUCCUCUGCAGUGUGAGGACUUCAAGGAGUUGUUCUGCCAGGCUCUGGACUCGUUGGAGAUCCUGUGUUUUGGGCUGUAUCGCCUGCUGGACCCUCCUAACCCCUCCAUGAAGAGGUACACUACCCAUGCUGCUGCUCUUCCCUCUGCUGUUGGCACAUACUUACUGUUCCACUGUCUGCAGGUUUGUAAUCACCAACCCGUCAGCAGAGCUCCCGUUGUUUCCCUCAGACAGAGUCUUCUGCUCCGUACCCUUCCACCAGAGUCACCUGCUCACCCUGAGGAGAGCCAAGACCAGUCACCGCCUAUGA